UACUGCUGGAGCACGUCUCCAAACUUUCAGUCAGGAAUGGAAAAACGGACAUUCAUGACGCCUCAUACAAGGUGAGAGAUAUCUUGAAUGAAACCAAAGGGAGUAACCAGUUUGUCUUCUUCUUCACGGACGGGAUGCCAACUGAUCUACAACUAGCUAUAAAUGGAACAGGGGAGUUACGAGCACGUUUGCUGAACUCUAGCUUUAAUAAUGCUUUGUUGUUCGUGGCUUUUGGUGAAGACGUAAGACAUGAGGGUUUAAAAAGAUUGUCUGGAGAUCCACAUUAUGAUGAUGUUUUCACGCAUACUUCCAUGGAUCCGAUGUAUUACGCGAUGAAGAGACUGGUAGAUAGAAAAUGUACAGCUUGUUUUCAUCAAUUUAUGGUGGAUCUUAUGUUCGUUAUUGACGUAUCUUCAAUUCUACCACAAGAAACAUUCUCCGGUAGUUUAAGAGUCAUCAACUCAAUUUUAGAGCGCCUAAAAGUUGUAACUUCUUUGGGACAAAAUAAAACUCAAUUUGGAGCUGUUUAUUUUUCAAAUGAACCUCACCUGUUAAUGCAAUUGAACGAGACAUACGAUUUUGAUAGUUGUGCAAGCAGAAUUAUGGGUAUAGAACAAGAUUGUACAAGCUUUCGGAAUUCCUCUACAAAUGUAGCAAGAGCUUUGGAAUUUACACGAACCCAUCUUUUGUCCCCCGAACACGGUGCCAGAAAUUCAUCUCGAAAACUUCUGAUCCAUAUGUACACCGGAUUUGAUGCUAAUAUUACAGAGUCUGUGAAGGUGACACAGUCAUUAACGAGGGAUGAUAUUACCAUCUUUUCAAUUGGAGUCGGAGACAAAUACAAAGAUGAAGACGUUUUAUCUACUGCUUCCAGUGCAUUUCAUGCUUAUUUUGCAGAAUAUACUAAAAUGGACCAAAGUUGGAGGCUUACAGACACAGAAUUAAACUUUAUUAGCAAGAUAUACUCAAUACUUUGUACGGAAAGGGUAAAUGCUUAAAGCAACCUUAAAAUGGCAGCGACUUCAUUCACUUAUACAUUUAUUGUCUUACAACUUCUUUGGAAAAUGUUCAGAAUAUAUCUGAAAAAGCAAUAGCUUACAAUAAUUCCACGAAUCAAGACCUUUAUUUAUUGCAUACUUAUUUGUAUUUUUAAAUUAUUAUAUUAGAUUACUACUUUUCCUUCAGCCUUUCCUGUCAAAGUUUUACGUCGUUUGCAAUAUUGGUCGUCACAUUAGUUUUUAACUCGCAUGUUUUCUUGUCAUCAUUACAGUUUGUUCAUGAAUAAUAUGAUAAGCGACACAGGUGUGUAUAAAUUUCCAACAAUCCAUAAUGAUUAAACUUUCAGAAAUCUCAUGUAAUUCUUGUUCUUUACAAUAAAACCCUGAAAAUAAAAAGAAACAUCAGAGGAUAAAAUGUUCAAAAGCCUUAAAAGGAAGUCAAAACCGAUUUCGAUCUGUUAAUUAAUAGCGGGUGACAUUAAUUGCGUAAAAUGGACUGUUGCAAAACCGUCCUUCAUUUACUUAAUAUUCUCUGAUACAACUGUUUUGAUUACUGCAAAUGACUAUGG